AUGGCAUCCGAAAAGAAGGUAGCAGAGAAUAUGCUGUGGGGAGGCCGUUUCACCCAGGGCCUCGACCCAGUCAUGGAGCAGUACAACGCUUCACUCCCAUAUGAUCGACUGUUCUACGCAGAGGAUAUCGCCGGCUCUAUCGCAUUCGCUCGCGCCAACAAGAACAAUGGCAUUCUUACCGACGACGAGUUCGCUGCGAUCGAGAAGGGCUUCGCACAGAUCAAGGAAGAAUGGGCGUCGAAUAGCUUUGAGGUCAAGGCGAAUGACGAGGACAUUCACACGGCUAAUGAGAGGAGGCUGAGUGAGAUCAUCGGCAAAGACACUGGCGGAAAGCUACACACUGGACGCAGCAGGAAUGAGCAGGUCGCAACCGAUAUGCGAUUGUGGCUGAGGGCGCAACUACAGACUCUGGAGGGCUACUUAAAGCUGUUGAUCAAAACUUCGGUACAGCGAGCAGAGGCUGAGAUCGACGUCUUGAUGCCCGGCUACACACAUCUCCAAAAAGCCCAGCCAGUCCGCUGGUCGCACUGGAUCCUCUCCCACGCCACCGCCUUCGCUUCGGAACUUGAGCGCCUCCGAGAAGUCAUAAAACGAGUCAACCGCUCCCCGCUCGGCUGCGGCGCGCUCGCUGGCAACCCCUUCAACAUCGACCGUGACGCCAUGGCGAAAGAACUUGGCUUCGAAGGCCUGCUCACGAACUCGCUCAACGCUGUUGGGGAUCGUGAUUUCGUCUUCGAAACUAUGCAAUGGGGCUCAAGCCUCAUGCUGAAGAUGUCUCGCUGGGCUGAAGAUCUAAUCAUCUACUCUAGUCUUGAGUUUGGCUUCGUGCGACUAGCGGACGCAUACUCAACAGGAAGCUCGCUCAUGCCGCAAAAGAAGAAUGCUGACUCCCUGGAACUGAUUCGAGGAAAGAGCGGUCGCGCGUUUGGACAUAUGGCGGGCUUGUACGUGACCAUCAAGGGUCUGCCGACUACAUACAACAAGGAUCUCCAGGAAUCGGUCGAGCCGCUAAUUGACCACAUCAAGACCGUCGGCGACUCCAUCCAGAUCGCCACCGGUGUUCUCUCUACCCUCAAUAUCAAUGCAGAGAAGAUGCACGCCGCUUUGGCACCCGAGAUGCUCGCUACAGAGUUCGCAGACUACCUCGUCAGGAAGGGCGUGCCGUUCCGCGAGGGUCAUCACAUCUCAGGCCGCGUCGUUGCGCUGGCAGAGGACGAGAACGUGCCCAUGGACAAACUGAGCUUGGAGCAACUGAAGGGUAUUGACUCCAGGCUAGGCGACGAUGUUGUUGAGUGCCUGGACUACGAGCGAGCGGUAGAGCUGAAGAACGCCACUGGAGGCACAAGCAAGAGCGCUGUUCUGGAGCAGAUCCAGAUCUUGAAGAAGAUUCUCUGA